CUGAGGCGUCAGAGCGCCAGAGGAGCUGCGGAGACGGAGGCUUUUCUGUCGGAGGAGGACGAGAGACGAUAAAAUAUAAAAAUUAUACAUCUUAUUAGUGGUGGAAACAAUCCGCGGAUACUUUGGAAAGAGAGAGGAAGUACGUGGACACGGAAUUCGUCUGUGUGCAGAGGAGAACAUCUGCAGCCAUGACUUCACACAACCUGAGCGGGAUCAAACGAGACGAGAAGGGGAGAAACAUCCAGGUCGUUGUGAGAUGCAGGCCUUUCAACACGGUGGAGCGCAAGUCGUCCUACGGCAUCAUUGACUGCGAUACCAACAGGAAGGAGGUGCUUGUGAGGACGGGGGGCGUGAACGACAAGGCGUCCCGGAAGGCUUACACCUUUGACAUGGUGUUUGGUCCAGCUGCCAAGCAGAUUGACGUAUACAGGAGCGUUGUUUGCCCCAUCCUGGAUGAAGUGAUCAUGGGUUAUAACUGCACUGUUUUUGCCUACGGUCAGACGGGAACAGGAAAGACGUUCACCAUGGAGGGAGAGCGGAGUCCAAACGAGCAGUUCACCUGGGAGGAGGACCCUCUGGCCGGCAUCAUCCCCAGAACGCUGCACCAGAUCUUCGAGAAGCUCUCUGAGAACGGCACAGAGUUCUCGGUGAAAGUGUCCCUGCUGGAGAUCUACAACGAGGAGCUGUUCGACCUCCUCAGCCCCACCGAGGACGUCAACGAGCGGCUGCAGCUCUUCGACGACCCGCGCAACAAGCGCGGCGUGGUGGUGAAGGGUCUGGAGGAGGUGACCGUUCACAACAAAGAUGAAGUUUAUCAGAUCUUGGAGAGGGGAUCGGCCAAGAGGAGGACGGCCUCCACGCUCAUGAACGCCUACUCCAGUCGCUCCCACUCGGUGUUCUCGGUCACCAUUCACAUGAAGGAGAUCACUCUGGACGGAGAGGAGCUGGUGAAGAUCGGCAAACUCAAUCUGGUGGAUCUCGCCGGCAGCGAGAACAUCGGCCGCUCGGGCGCGGUGGACAAGCGAGCUCGCGAGGCGGGAAACAUCAACCAGUCUCUGCUGACGCUGGGCAGAGUGAUCACGGCGCUGGUGGAGAAACGCCCUCACGUCCCGUACAGAGAGUCUAAGCUGACCAGGAUCCUUCAGGACUCGCUAGGGGGGCGAACGAAAACCUCCAUCAUCGCCACGGUGUCGCCUUCCUCAAGCAACCUGGAGGAGACGCUGAGCACGCUGGAGUACGCCAGCAGAGCCAAGAACAUCAUGAACAAGCCCGAAGUCAACCAGAAGCUCACCAAGAGGACGCUCAUCAAGGAAUACACCGAGGAGAUCGAGCGCCUGAAGCGCGACCUGGCUGCCACCCGAGACAAGAACGGCGUUUAUCUGUCCACAGAGAACUACGAGAGUAUGAUGAGUCAGAUCACCGCUCAUGAGGAGAACGUGUCCGAGCACACCGAUAAGAUCGCUGUGAUGGAGGAGGAGCUGAAGAAGGUGACCGAGCUGUUUGUGGACAGUAAAACAAAACUGGAGCAGUGCACCGUAGACCUGGAUGAGAAGCAGCAGAGGCUGCAGGAGACGAGUCAAAGCCUGCAGCAGACCAAAGAGAAGCUGGAUCAGGAGGUGUUUGUCAGCUUGGAGCUCACCACAGACCGGGAAACCCUCUAUAGCACAGCGGGACAGCUGCUGAGUACGGUGGUUAACAGCACCAGCGACGUGUCGGGGCUCCAUGAUAAGCUGGACAGGAAGAAAAAGGUGGAGCAACACAACAGCCAGAUCCAGCAGACUUUCUCUGAGCGGAUGGAGGGAGCGUUCAGCGACUUGCAGCGCAACGUCCAGCAGCACGGAGCCAAACACCGCGACGUGCUGAGCAGCUACUCGCAGGCCGUCGAUGGUUUGCUCGUGGUGAACGAGGCGGCGCUGAAGGAGGCCCUGACCACCGUGGAGUCCUUCGUGGGUGGAGUCGGGCAGCUGGUGGCUGAGGGCGUGGCUCGCUGUCAGGACAGAGUGCGGCAGCAGGAGACGCUGUGUCUGCAGGACAAGGAGAGUCUGCUGCAGCUGCUGGAAGAGCAUCGGCAGGACAUGGAGGAGGUCCUGGUGGCUCGGACUCUGAUGGGUCUGUCGGCUGUGAAGGAACUCAACGACACUCUGAGAGCCAACGUGGCGACGCAGCGCGCUCUGGCCGACAAGGUGGAGGCUAUGAAGGAGAUGGGUGCGUUCUUCAGCAACUUGGUUCAGGAGCUGGCCGGGCUGCGAGAGGCCACCGUGCAGGGCCUGAGCGCACAGCGAGCCGAACAGGACAAGCUGGAGGACGAGAUCAGACGGGCGCAGGAGAGGCACCAGACGGGUAUGAAGCGGACCAUCCAGUGCCUGCAGGACCAGCUCACCCUGCUGACCAUGGAGGCCCAGAAGGACUUCACUGAUCUGCGCUCUGCCUCCAAAGCUCUGCAGAAUCCUCUGCAGGUCCUCCAGGAGAACAUCAGCAGCGGUUACAGUUCGGUAGCACAUCAGGCCUCGGCCCAGGCAGACCUCCUCUGCUCCACCUCCUCCUCUCUGGCCUCCUCUCUACGUGUGAACGCCGACGAGAGCCAGCAGACGCUGGAGGAGAUGACGGGCUGCUGCUCCCACCUCCACAGCUCCGUGUCCGGUCUGGUCCAACGUGACCUCCAGUGGAGCUCCAGAGCCAGGGAGCAUGCAGAGACUCAAGCCCAGGAGCACCUGUCUCUGAUGGGGAGGGUUUCCAGUGAGGCGCAGACCCUGCAUCAGAGCGUCGAGGAGCGCUGCACCGAGCGGCUCCGAACAGCCGAGGAGGAGCUGUCCGGUCGGCAGGAGGAGGUGAAGAAGGCUCUGGUGGCCGUGCAGAAGCAGAACUCCCUGGACUUGACUGUCCUGGACCAACAGCAGGCUGAGCUCCAGGACCACAUGAAGACGGCCCAACAGAUGGUCCACGACUUCCUGCAGGAGGAGCUGCAGCAGGACGUUCCCACCGGUUUGACCCCUCAGCGUCGGGAGUUUGUGUUUCCCAGGCAGCUGGUGAAGAUGCGCAGCCGCUGCGAGCUGCUGGAGAGCCUGAGGAGGCAGCAGGAGGAGCUGCAGGCCGCCAUGGAGGAGGAGGAGCUGCAGGCCGCCAUGGAGGAGGAGGAGGAUGAGGACAAACGCAGCCAGGACUCCCUGGAGGACGACUUGAGUACUUGUAACGAAAGCUUGGCCACAGAGCCGUCCUUCAUCGACGAGAACCUCGUCUUCAAUGAGAGCAAACGCGUUCCCUUCUUCAAGCAAAAGAAGGGCGGUAAGAAGGAGACGAAGAUCCCCACCAGGUUAAAAGUGUCAGAAAACGAAGCCACGUCAACGCCUCAGAAGUCCAGACUGCCUCUCCGCCCUCAGAACUAAAACAGUUUUAAUGUAUUCUUGUUAACUAUGUCGUCAAAACUCUUUGUCUCAUAUAUUUUUAAUAAUUUUGUCUUUUAAAUGUUAGGGUGCUGUCUCGUGAACUGUCACUUAGCUUUAGCAACACAAAUUGUCUUGACAUUUUCAAGUUGUUUGUAAAAAUUAAAGAGAUUUAUACAAGUA